AUGUCAACAGAAGAGCUGAGCAAAUUAAUUGUCGUGCGAGGUAGAAUUAAAGCGAAGUUAACCGCGUUUAGCACAUAUCUCGAAAGAGCAGCAACAGAGUCCGUAAAGAUCGCGGAAUUGCCCAUCAGAUUAGAGAAGGCGGAAGGGCUCUGGCAAGAGUUUGAUAUAACUCAAUCACAAAUUGAAAAUUUAGAGAAUACAGUAGCACAAUUUACUGAGAGAGAAAAUUUCGAAAACUCAUAUCAUGCCAUUAUAACUUCUGCCAAGGCACUUCAGUCGCAUCAAGAUCAAACAAAGCGGCCAAGUUCAGUGAACUCUGUACCUGAGAGGUCAGUAGGCAAUCCACAAGUUAAUGUCUUCGCUCAGCCGGUAGGACCCAAAGUAAAGUUGCCAAACAUAGAAUUGCCAAAGUUUGACGGGAGCUAUAAUAAAUGGAUUCCAUUCCGCGAAUUGUUUGAAUCUCUUAUAGACGCUAAUGCGGCGCUACUAGCAAUUCAAAAAUUACAUUAUUUAAAACUGGCAUUAACUCAUGAGGCCGCUAAAGUAAUACAAUCGUUAGAGCUCUCUAAUGCCAAUUAUGAAAUUGCGUGGGACCUACUGAAACAGAGAUACGAAAACAAACGGUUAAUAGUACAACAUCAUAUGCAAGAAUUGCUUGAUCUGGCACCAAUUGUAAAGGAGUCUCACGCUGCCUUGCGACAAUUUAUAGAUGGCAUUUCACAACAUAUUCAGCCUUUGAUUAAAUUAGGACAGCCAGUAGAACAUUGGAAUACAAUUUUAAUUCAUAUUUUCACGCCUAAGUUAGACAAAAUUACUAAACGAGAAUGGGAGUUGAAGAGAGCUACGAUAGAUACAUUUCCCACAUUAAAUGAAUUUAUUGAAUUUUUGAAUACUCGCAGCGCGUUUCUUGAAUCACUGUCUCACUCAGCUAAUAAUACAAACUCUGUUUCCAGCGUUAAUAAAUCACAUAACAAAGCUGUCACAUGCGCAUGUGUGUCGGAAGAGGAGUCAAGUUGUCCUGUUUGCCAAGGUAAUCAUAAAUUACCUGAUGGUGGCACCUUUCGUAAGUGGUCUGCGGCAGAGCGUUUAACAGAAAUUAAGAAAAGGCGACUGUGCAUCAGGUGUUUGAAGAAUUUUCACGGUAGGAACUGCAAGGCGUCAGGAUGCAAACGGUGUAAAGGCUAUCAUCAUACCAUGCUACAUCUGGAGAAAACGAUAAAGCCGGACAAAGAAGCAAAUCAGACAGAGCCUUCUACAGGAGCAACCAAGACGUCGGCGACAGAUAAACAGAUCGUUGCCACAGUCACUCAGGCACCAAUAACCACAUUGACGCAUUGCGCCACUAAAGGACCGCUACAAGUAAAGUUAGCGACGGCCAUAAUCUAUAUAAAGGAUCGAAAAGACAUACUUCAUGAAUGUCGAGCUUUUUUGGACAGUAGUUCCCAAUUUUAUCACUUGCAAACUCAGUGA